UCCUGGCAGGUGUUUGUAGUGAAUGCAUGCUGGUAGGUUAGCAUGUAGAUAGAAUACGGUGGACUGGCUACAGGUUGAUAAUCGAUUAAAGUUUAUGCAGGUAGGUAACAAUAAACAGACUGCAAGAACUCUUUUCUCAUAUUAUAUCAACAGUGUGAAGCUAGUAGUGUUUAGCAUGACGUUAUUUCUAGUCUGUAUACUUUUUCAAAAAAUAUUUUUCUAGAACAGAAAUUGUUAAUUUGGAGUGAGUAAAUAAAAAGAGUGAUAACUGGUUCCACUUCAUUCUCAGUAAACCAAUCUAGUCAUCAGAGCUAUGAAGUCGCAUUUGGACGAAAUAUGGAAAAACGAAAACGAGUUGGAAAGAGGAGAAGAAGGAGUAGCAAAGAGGAAUGCGAGGGAAAGAAGAAGGGUGGAAGCUGUCAAUUAUGCGUUUACAAGACUGAGGAGACUUAUUCCCUUAGAAACCAGAGGUAAACGGGUGAGCAAAGUUAAGACUCUACAAAAAGCAAUAGAAUACAUUGCUGAGCUGCAACAUCUUCUACAAUUGGAGAUGGAAACUGAAGCGGGCUGUCAUGAAGGAUAUUGUGAUAAGUACUACUUCAAUCGAUAUAACGCUGGAUGAGGUGGACCUGUUUCAUGAGAGUGAGAUGUUGUUGGUGGAUUCCCAGUUGAUUUUUCAAAUUAUUAUUAAAAAGAGACAGAUAUAGUGAAAUUAAAUUAGAACCGACAGCAUUGGUUGAACGGAAAUCAUUAAUUUUAUAAAGAAUGCUAACAGUUCAAGCUAAUCUCACAAAAUAAAUACGAAUCAAAAAUGAUAUUAUUGUAACCAAUAAAUUAUAAUUAUUUUGAAUAACUAACGGUGAUAAGAGAAGGGUGUGCAAAAUGUACCAUGGUAUUAUUUGUGGAACAGUCGCACUAUAUUAUUAUCCUACUUCUAAAUUUCAUACGGUACUAAUGUCACUGUAGAUUAUUAAUACCAUUCUCAUAAUGAUUGUUCGCAUUGUUUGAGUAUAGAAAAUAACAAAUUUACUUGUCACCGUGAAUCCAAAUUGUUUUAUUCAAACAGUGAAAGAGUUUAUACAAAGUAUCUAGUCAACUAGCUUUUCACUCUUUUCAGUGAUAAUAUUAUUUUAUUUAAAAUGCGUGCUUUGUAAACUAGUCAAAACAUUUUUUAUUAUACGUUUUUUAAUAUAACCUUCUUUUUUAAAAUAAAUAUUUAUAAUUUCAUGUCUGUUCUUCUCUUGAUACAUUCUCAAUAUUACUAGUAGAAUAAUUUGAGUUUCUCCUUCAUUCCACACAAUGUGUCAAAAACUAUUUGUUGAUCUGCAAUUAGUGUAUUCUAUCCCAUAGUUAUAUCUUACAUGACAUUGCAAAGUUUUAAACUUGAGUGAAACCAAUUUCACUAACAAUCAGUGUGGUAUCUUAUCACUCAAAUUAGAUACGUGUCGAUGCUAUUACCUCAAAAAAAUUCUAUAAAAAUCAAAAAUUUUCAUAAAAAU